AUGGGGAUUCAACUGGCAGAUGGUGAUAACGGUGACGACGGAGGUGCUCGAGAAUCACGACAGUUUCUUCACGCAUUAACGGUUGAUGGAGUCAAUCAACUUAAAAGAAAUGGUGAAGAUGUUGAUGAGGUAAAAGUCAUGGAGAAAAUACUUCACACUUUAAAUCCAAGUUUUGACUUCAUUGUUACCAACAUUGAAGAAAACAAGGAUUUAAAGACCAUGACUAUCGAGCAACUCAUGGGUUCCUUACAAGCAUACGAAGAAAAACAAAAGAGAAAAAUUAAACAAAAGGAGGCUAUGGAGCAACUACUACAACUCAACAUAAAGGAAGCAAAUUAUGCGAAUUACAAGAGCCAAAGAGGACAAGGUCGUGGCCAAGAUCGUGGGCGUGGAAGAGGACAUGGAGGAGAAGGAAGAGACAUUUACAAUAACUACUCUAACAAUGGAGAAAGAAGUUGGAAUCCACAAGCAACAAGAGGUCGUGGAAGAGGAAAUUCAUGGUCGAGGUGUGACAAAUCACAAAUCAAGUGCUUCAACUACAACAAGAUCGGUCACUAUGCAUCUGAGUGUAGAUUCUCGAAGAAAGUUGUGGAGAAAGCUAACUUUGUAGAAGAAAAAGGCAGAGAAGAAGAAACUUUGUUGCUCGCGUGCUAA